CCACAGAACAAGAAAGGGAGGAGGAGAGAGAGGCGGCUACGCCAAUGGCGCUGCGCGACGUGCUGCUGUCGAUAGCGCAGACGCCGCACCGGCUGCGGCGGAGGGCGCUGGUGACGUGGACGCCGGCGCAGGAGAUGAACGAGGUGCGGGACCGGUCGGGGGCGCGCAUGAAGCGGCGGCUCGAGUGGUACGACCUCGUGGCGCUCGGCGUCGGCGGGAUGCUCGGCGCGGGGGUCUUCGUCACCACGGGGAGGGUGGCGCGAGACACCGCGGGCGCCGCCGUCUUCGCGUCCUACGUCAUCGCCGGCGUCUCCGCGCUGCUGUCGUCCUUCUGCUACGCCGAGUUCUCCGUGCGCUUCCCCGUCGCCGGCGGCGCCUUCAGCUACCUCAGAGUAACGUUCGGCGAGUUCGUGGGGUUCUUCGGUGGAGCCAACAUCCUGAUGGAGUACGUGCUGUCGAACGCGGCGGUGGCGAGGAGCUUCACGGACUACCUGGCCUCGACGUUCGGAGUCACGGAGCCCAACGCUUGGAGGAUCGUCGUCGACGGCCUCGCCGAGGGGUACAACGCACUGGACGUGCCGGCCGUCGCGCUCAUCCUCAUCAUAACCAUAUGCCUGUGCUAUAGCACCAAGGAGAGCUCGAUGCUGAACAUGGUGCUCACGGUGUUCCACCUGCUCUUCUUCGCCUUCAUCAUCGUGGCCGGGCUGUGGAACGGCAGCGCGGGGAACCUGGUGCGGCCGCACGGGCUGGCCCCCUACGGCGUCCGCGGCGUCCUGGACGGCGCGGCCAUCGUCUACUUCAGCUACAUCGGGUACGACUCGGCGUCGACCAUGGCCGAGGAGAUCCGGGACCCCGCCCGCGCGCUCCCCGUCGGCAUCGCCGGCUCCGUGCUCGUCGUGUCCGCGCUCUACUGCCUCAUGUCCCUCACCCUCUGCGCCAUGCUGCCCUACAACGAGAUAUCGGAGACCGCGCCGUUCUCGUCGGCAUUCAGGGAGAAGGUGGGGUGGAGGUGGGCGAGCAGCGUGGUCGGCGCCGGCGCGAGCCUCGGCAUCGUGGCGUCGCUGCUGGUGGCGAUGCUGGGGCAGGCCAGGUACCUGUGCGUUAUCGCCAGGGCGCGACUGGUGCCGUCGUGGCUCGCCAAGGUCCACCCUUCUACCGGCACUCCUAUGAACGCCACCAUCUUUCUAGGCUUCUGCACUGCAUCAUUAGCACUCUUCACGGAGCUGCAGACAGUGUUUGAGAUGAUAUCAAUCGGGACCCUCCUGGUCUUCUACCUGGUGGCCAACGCGCUCAUCUACCACCGGUAUGUGAAGGUCGGCGUGAACCGGCCGCUUCAUGUCCUACUCUUCAUGCUGCUCCUCACGCUGAGCUCUCUCGGCUUCUCCAUCUCGAGGAAGAUCGAUGGGUGGUGCAGAUGGGGGAUGACAUUGUUCGGGGCCAUCUCCAUAGCAAUCACCACAAUCUUCCACUGCACAGCACGGCAGGACGUUGCUGGACCACCAUCAGAGUGGUCUGUCCCUCUGAUGCCGUGGCCUGCUGCUGCAUCUGUCUUCCUGAACGUGUUCCUGAUAACCACCCUCAAGAUGAGGUCCUAUCAGAGAUUCGGCAUCUGGAGCCUUGUGAUCAUAGUCUUCUAUGUAUGCUAUGGGGUGCACUCUACAUACUCUGCAGAAGAAAAUGAGGUUGUCAAUGCAAUGAUCCAUCAUUCAAAUCUGGACAUAUCUUAG